GCUAGUUAUUCAUUUCCUAUCAUAUAAUAUUAUUGCAUACUAAUGGCUCAAAUUCUUAAGUUACAUGUUCAAAACGAGUUGAAAAACUGCUCAGCAGGCCAAUUUUAUAGUUAAAUGAAGUGACCAAGUUCCCACAGGUUUGUCCUCAUAUCAUCAAGAGUUUCCAAAUUCUUGCUGGAGAUGGAAAGAAUGUGGGCACCAUAAGAGUGAUGAAAAUUGCUGCAGGAGCUUCGCAUGAGGUAACGCUGAAGGAUAAGAUUGUAGCGACGGACGAUGAAACCAGGACUCUUAGUAUCCGUAUCAUCGACGGAGACCUCUUGUGUAUGUAUCCAAAGUUUGAAUACACAUUGACCGUAACUCCAGUAGUUACACAACGACGUGAGCAAAGCAGCUUGUUGAAGUUGUCCGUAGAGUAUGAGAAAAAAAAUGAAGAUGUCCCUCCUCCACAUGAGUAUAUGGAGUUGGCAACUUCUCUGUACAGAGCCAUUGCUGGCCACCUUGCCAACAAUGCUUAAUUUGCUAAGGAGGCCUAUUUAUGUGCACAAGCUGUCUGUACUAAUGAUGCUUAAAUAUUAUCUAGUUUAAACGUGGUUUGCAUAAAUAAAACUUUGAUCAACCCGUUUAAUACAU